UCAUCCAUAAACUAGUUCUCUAACAAAGAAAUUUUUGCUGCCUUUUCUAGUUGAAGAUGCUUAUGCCCAAAUCGAUCUUAUCUCAUCGAAAGCGUCGUAAAGAGUCAGAAGAAGAUGGUAAGAGUAACAUGGGAAGAAGGCGCAAACUUUACUGCAUAAACGGACAAUAUUUGGAGAUCACUGACGAAGGACGAGUGAAGGGAACGAGAAACUACCACAGUCCACAUGUCGUGCUAGAGCUAGUUCCAGUGGCAAGAGACCUUAUACAUAUUAGAGGAGUCCAUACGGGGUUUUAUCUCGCAGUGAACAAAUGCGGAGAGGUGUACACCACGAUGAUGAAAAACGAAGAGUGUAUCUUCAGAGAAAAACUAACAAGAAACUUCUACGACAGUUACUGUUCCCACAAAUACAGCCGUGAUAACUUAGUGCUGGGACUCAUGAAAAUUGGGGCAUCAGUUACCACCACAAGAAGCGAGCGCUUUCGAAAAGAACAUGAGGGACAAUUCAUAACAAUGAUUACUUUCUAAUGUGCAUGAUCCAUGAAUCAAACAGAUAUCAAAGAUUGGAAAAUAAACUCUGAUUGUUUUGUUUUGGAAAAGUGAAUCAAGUCAGCCGAUGUGGUCGACGAUCCGUGGUGACAAAUCUAAGUACGGGAAGGAAUAAGUGGUCGCUGCUGAAAACUUCAUAGUUAUGCCGAUAAUUCCCAAACUCAAACGACUCUCGUUAAAUUUCAGAAUUAAAUGAUGUAUAUCUUUCUUAGACCGGUAGACUGUAGAGAAAUGACGUAACAAUCCCUAGAUGUGAGCUGUGUAGCAUAGCUGCCAAGGUGUGGCAUACUUCUCCCCAUGGACGCCUGACAUUUUAAGUUCUGGCGGUAUCGCUUGUCACUUUGAGCCUAGUAAUAUAUUACCUUGACAUUGAGUUCUCUGUUGCUCUGUGGUAGGGCAGUGGAGUGCGAAAUCCGAA